AUGGAGACGAAGAAGCCAUGCUUGAAUGUUGUAAUGGUCCCAUGGCUAGCCCAUGGCCAUGUCUCUCCUUACUUAGAGCUUGCCAAAAGACUUGCCGACAGAAACUUCCGAAUCUAUCUAUGUUCAACUCCGAUCAAUCUGAGCUCCAUCAAGAAAAGGGUCACACAGAAAUACUCUCAAUCGAUCAAACUCAUCGAAUUCCAUAUCCCAUCUCAACCCGACCUUCCUCCCCAUUUCCACACAACAAAUGGCCUCCCACUUCACCUCAACUCAGUUCUCAAAAGAGCCAUGUUCAAGGCCAGCCCAUCUUUCACCCAAAUCAUUAAAACCCUGAAAUCGGACAUACUCAUUUACGACUUCAACCAACAAUGGGCAUCAAUAGCCGCAACAACAAUCGGGAUACCAGCAGUUCCAUUCAUCAGCGGUAGCGCUUCCGCCAUCUGUUAUAUCUUCCAUACAUUUAUGAAACAGGGCGUUGACUUCCCUUAUCCCGUAGUCUUGAAUCUACGGGGAACUCACUGGAACCGAAUGAUUCAAGAAAUGUUGAAUACAACUCUGAGUGAGCAAAGUCAAACUGAAAGUGAAAGCAUUCCGCUCUUUAGUAGAACCUGCGACAUCAUAUUCAUGAAGACGUUUGGAGAAUUGGAAGGGAAAUACAUAGAGUACGGAUCAAACCUACUUGGAAAAAAGAUAGUCCCCACGGGUCCUCUGGCUCAAGAACACGGAGACUCCGAAGAUAACAGCGAGAUCAUGGAGUGGCUUAACAAGAAAGAGGCAUCUUCAACAGUUUUCGUAUCAUUUGGAACAGAGUCCUUUUUGUCUAGAGAAGAAAUAGAGGAAGUAGCAAAAGGGUUGGAGCUAAGUAUGGUGAAUUUCAUUUGGGUGCUUAGAUUUUCCUUUGAGGAGGAGGACAAGAUUUCAAUUGAAGAUGCACUGCCCAAUGGCUUUCUUGAGAGGGUGGGAGAUAGAUGUCUUGUAGUUGAGAAAUGGGCUCCGCAAGCUAGAAUCUUGAUGCACCCAAAUGUUGGAGGAUUUGUAAGCCAUUGUGGGUGGGGUUCUAUAAUGGAGGCCAUGACAUUUGGAAUUCCAAUUGUGGCUAUACCCAUGAACUUAGACCAACCAGUGAAUGCGAGGUUAGUAGAGGAGAUCGGUGUGGGGUUGGAAAUAAAUAGAGAUGAGAAUGGAGGGCUGAGCGGGGAAGAGAUUGCAGAGUUUAUAAGGGAAGUCAUAGUUGGUGAUGAAGAUGAGAAGAAGAUUAGGGACAAUACAAGAGAAAUGAAACACAAAAUCAAAAGUAAAGGAGAAGAAGAUAUGGAUUGUGUUGUGGAAGACUUGUACAAGCUUCACAAGAAGAAUAUUCAUGAAAAAAACAUGGAUUAA